AGCGAAAAAAAACACACAAAAUGAAUAAAGGUGCCCGUGAAUACAUAUCACAACGCUUUAGCGUGUCAAGUCUAUCGCAAAUAUGUACAAGUGUAUCGGAAAGCGAAGCGGAAGAAACGGAAAUGCAUUCAAAUGAUAGAUCUCUGGAUAAUCCACGAGAGAAUAGGGCACGACAGUUGUCGACAGAUAGUGAAGAACUUCAGGAAGAUGUGCAAGAUUUUAUAGAAGCUGAUGACAGUAAGGAACCUGUUCAUCAGGAUAAUAGUAUAACCAUGAACGAAAUCGCUGAAGGGUCCGAAAAGAGCUAUAUCUCUUCACCUUCAAUCAACACACCGCCUUCCGGGACUAUGCCGGUAAUGCAGCGCGAUGAUGAAACUUCAUCGCAUGGGUCCGGUUUGUCAAUUGAAAGAAGUGUGGCUUCCAGGAACACCCACCUAACGCCUCGGGAAACUGUAGCUGGAUCUGUGCAAAGUGAUAUCAUUGCAUCAUCGAGUGGCGCUCCUGCUGGAGAUCUGGCUAACGGUUCCCAGGCAUAUCAAUCACGGUCAAUUUCCGUGGCGUCCGAACGCUCUGUUAGUCGCCAUGAUAAUUAUGAGCAAACUCCAAGUUAUGAUGGUGAUGCCGAUAGGGGAUCGGUUGUUUCAUCACAGUCGUACGUUACCAAUUUGUCCGCAUUAAAUAGAGAGUCCUUUGAAGCCAUGGUGAACGAUCCAUCGUUCUCCUCAAGCGGGACUGUAGGACCACCAAAUGGCAACGUGUCUGGUGCCGUUUCAAGUGAAAUCCCUCGAAAUGAAACUCCACAGCCAUCUGGUUCUUUUAACGACACCGAGACUAUGGUAACAAUCACUGUACAGGAAGCCAGUGACACGAUCAAUAUGGUUGCCACUGCACGACAGGAUUCCGUGGUCACAGAUAGUUCAAGUCGUCAGGGAGCAACGCGAAGUCAGAGGACGACGCCACGUCAACCCUGUGAAAGUGUGGUAAAUCCCACUCCUGUUACUGUGUUGAGUGCUACGCCGAGCCUACAGGAAAGUGUACUUAGCGGAGAACCAACUACACGUAUGCCUACAUACACAACUAAUGUAACUGUACGCCAUGAACGGACGCUAACCGAUGAGACUGUUCUUCAAGAAUCGAUAUCAUCCGUUUCGAUCUCACCGCGUGGCGUUGGGCUAAUGGGAGUCAUGGAAACUAACCGGCCAGGACACCCGAUGGAAGGUACAAUGAUUGAUGGACCUGCCGGCAGCACUACAGCAAGUGGACUGCAAUAUGCCAUGAAUAGUCAAUUGCAAGGAAUGACGCAAGGGCAAACACGCUCCAGGAUACCCACACCAAGGGAGGUGCCUAUUACCGGUGACCGUAUCUUCCCACCAACUACCAACAGCUCGCCAGAACAGGUUGGCACUCCCAGACUGCACAUUGAUGUUUCACGUCACUCAUCAUUGAGAGGGGACACAACUCCGCCCACAAUGUCCAUAGUUAACGCUACAGACCAAGAUGGGAUGUACAUCGACAUUGGAGAGGGUGAUAGCGGCAUGGCUAAUAACAUACAAAGUGGUGCCGUAGAAUCUGGGUUGGUUGAUCCCAGGGGACCGUUAAAUGAUCUGGUGCAUGAGUCCUCAGGGUCAAGUAGUAACUUCUCGCCGGAACCGUCACCUGAUCGUGGAAGCGUGAUUAAACACAUGCUAUCCCAAGAUAAUAUGGGCGCUGAAGCGCCUUAUGUAGUAAGUAAUGAUGUACCGGAAGGUACAAAUGUACUAACUGGUCAGCUAUCAAAAGAAGUUGACCAUUAUCAACAAAAGAAUGAAGAACUUGAACGCAAGCUUGUAGAUAUAUGGAAUCAAAAGGAAGCAUUCCGAGUGGCUAACGAACGGAUAGCCGCCAAUAUAAGACUGAAUUCGGGGAUAAAGUCAGUUAGGUUCGAUGAAAGUGCUACUAACGACUCACUGGGACAAGGGGAUGCCGAAGGUGAAUUCAUUAAUAAGCAUUCAAAUCUCAAAUCGCCACCGCCACCAAUUUAUUAUAGGUCAGCUACCGAAAUAAACCACAAACACCUUAUGAAACGAGAUACAAGUCCGCAGGUCAGCAUUUGCGUGUCCUCGGAUGAGCAGACCUCACCUAGAAAUGAUCUUCACACAGCUACUGACAUACCGCGCGGCAUACCCUGUAACAUGCAAACCAUGGAGAGGUUGCUGAAUUGUGGUUCGAAGCUGUAUGCAUUCAGAUUGGCAACACCCGGCGUGCGUUCCACCAUACCGUUGUAUAUGGACGUAUGCACAAUGCAAAGCACAUAUAGCGGGAAGGUAGUCCUGACUAGCAAUGUCGGACUCUUUAAGGUAUCACUGGUAAAGCCUAACAAGGACCAAGAGCACUCGGUAUUGAGUUAUCUAGGACUGGAUAACAACUCAUAUGGAAUUGAUUACGUCUAUGGACUAGUCAACUCUAUUGCUGAAUAUGUAGGUUUGUACUGGAGAUCAGAGGAGCCGUCGUCGCAGAAAACAAAUGUACCCGAAGUGGAUCGUGAUAUGAUACCACCAAGCGUACAUAUCAAGUACAUGUACUCACUCGUUAAUGGCGCAGAUAGUACAAUCAUGGUGGGAGAUGGCUUCCCAUCUAACUCUAAUGUGAGUACCAUGUUAAACGGACAACAUGAACAACUGUUCUGUAUAGAGGAAACGCGCGAAUUGCGCAAAACUGAUUUACAAAAUAAUCCAAAGUUUACGUUCAUUUUGGACACAUCGCCAUCACCCGAAACCAAGCAAACUAGUUCCAAGAGAUUCAGCAGCCUGGUUCAUAUAGUGAACUCAGCAACAAGGGAGUACCUCUGUGUAGAUUUGCUGACACGAGAACUAAGGUUUGCUGGAGGCCCUUGCACCAAGGCAUACUCCAAGUAUAUCGUGCCCGCAGCAUUCAAAAUGGUUAAGCUCUAUAAUGUACUAACAGAAAGGCAAGGUAGUAUACCAGGAUCGGUGGAUGAGGCUGUGGAAUACGCAAAUUACAGGCGAUGUGUAACAGAACGUGCGGCAUAUAGGCAUGCAUACGGCAUACCUAAAAACACAACACAUAUGGUUGACCAAUUUGGCAACUUCGUGACCUUGAGUCAAGCAUCGGGAACACCUGCACCAUCGCCGUAUAGGACCCCUUCACCUCCAGAUAGCCCUGUAUCCAGUAAGAAUUGCAUCCUGAGGCGAAACCAUGAACCACAGGUCGUGAGCAACCAAGUAGCAUCCAUGUACGAUAUCGCUGAUACUCGCGAUUUCGGCUCGUCGGAGUCGUCAGCUCGAAGUCAAUCGCGAGCUGUUGACAUGUACAACAUGUUGGACAAUAACCUAGAAAACCUGCCAGUGACCUCAAUACCCUCCGCACAUAGUCCAAGGGUCAAAGAUUUAACCAUGAAGUUCGAAAGGCUUAGCAGCCGCUCACGUAUGAAUAUAUGAUGUCAUGUGCUACACAAACUGUGCGCAUGGCACAAACAUUGUAAUAAGAACUGCAACUACAGAGAAGGAAUUAGUACCAUAACCAUUUUACGAGUAACAGAGUUAACAUUAGUGUAAAUU